AUGACCUAUUGCUACACGCCUACAGUGUUAUUGCAAAAUGUUAUUCCCGGGAGAGCAAGCACUGUUCGUACCAUUCGAAGAGGGACAUCCAUAUUGAAUCGCAAAUUUCGAGAUCUGAUGUUUCCUCCAAUGAAAAUAGAAGAGACGCGAGGCUCAGACUCCUUAGAAACACUGAAAAAAAUCGAAGACAUUCUUUCUUCACUUAAAAAUGCCAUUCCCAAUGAAGAGAGUGGGACUAUCAUUCAACUCAAACGACUGAAUAAACUCCUUGGCGACCAAUUGAAUAAAUAUUUCAAGUACUUUGUCGAUGAAGAACCCGUCAGCUAUUUCCAAAUAGUCGUUCGCAUGCAUUUUCUCCUCUUUGUCUUGUUUGAGGACUUCACUGAAUUUGUGAACAAAAUGUUUCUGUUCAUUAAACAGAAGACGAUCUCUUCCUAUGAAGUCAUGCGGUCGGUGUUAAUCCUCAAACUCGUUGUCUUUGUGUUGAUCCAUCUUGAGAACGUCAUCGACAACAUCAACCAUUUGUUGGUCAAAACUAACAAACAACACUCUUCAAAGGACUCACUCAACUCUUCAACAUCAUCGACGUCGAUCCAAGACCAAUCAAUGUCAAGUCAAUCAACUGAACCUUUCCAACAGAAGUUCGUUAAGGCAGAGUCGGAGUUCGUCCCCGUCAAAAGUCCACGAACCCUUGCUAUCCCAAAUUUGGCGUCACUGCUCGAAAUGUUUAAAGACCUCACAAGCGUCUUAACGGAGUUGCCAAUAGCAACGAAAACCCAUAUCACUAAUGCUAAAAAGUGCACCCAUGUUAGAAAAGUAUUAAUCGAGUCGUCGUCUACAGACCAAGUCACACUGAACAAAUAUUUCGAAAGUAUGUUCAAAAUACCUGCUGUCCUUUUUUGUGGAUUUUGCUCAGCACCAGAGUCAUAUUCCAGAGCUUAUAAAUGGUUACCAUUGAUCUACGGAUUAACGUCGCAAGACUUCCUCUGUGCUAUUGUUCACGAGUUUGUUGUUUCAUUCAUUGAAUACAAUAUACUAUAUCUAUUAAUAAUGAAUUACUAUUUUAAUAGUAUUCUAUACUUACUAUAUAUUAAUUAUUAUUCACUUUGCAGUAUUGGAGAAGAUGAAAAAAGAGCGAGCUGUGUCGGUUUCUUAUUAAAGAAUUGGAGGCGUGUCCCACACGCGUUCGAUACUGUUUUCAUGAGUGGAGUGUACAACAUUUAUUUGGAAAUCAAUGCACUGAUACUCACAACGAGCAUGUCCCCACAACAACCCCACGUGUUAGCCGAAUACCCAGCAAUUGUGUUUCAACGGUCUGUUUAUCGUAUUCCCCCGCGUUACUUUUACUUGAUGCUGAACCCGCGGUUUGUGGCUGAAAAGAUCACUGAGGCACAUGUCGAUAUCUUCACACAAUGCCAGACAAGAGCAAUUUUUUAUUCCAAACAGAUGCGCCGUGCGGGAGUUGGUGCGUCUGAUUUAAAGAAGAAAGUUGAUAUAUUAGCGUAUUGGGUAGCACAGUCGUUAUAUGAAACAAUCAACAACAUUAGUCUCAACGCGACGUUCCAAGAGUAUUUUAUUACAAUUAUUCUCUUUGUGUAUCACCUCCGUCAUAACUUACUUGCAACACUUGGCUUGGCAAUUGGGUUUUCUUCUUUUCGACUGAACAAACAAGAGAAGGUGGCAAUUCGAAUCGACUUGGAAGGACGGAGAAAGUGGGUGUUUGAAUUGACCAACCCCAAGGAUGGGAGUUAUCCGGGUCUGAUUCGAGCAAUGCGAGAGUUGGGCAAUCCAUGUAUCCCAUACUUUGGAAGCUUUCAAAAUAUAUUUGAAAAGGUGUUGAGUGCGGAUAUUCAAGAUGUCGGACUUCUUUAUAUGAACAUUGGAAAAGCAACUGAAGAGACACGAAGAAAUCGUUUGAAAUGGAGUGAUUUGAUAUAUGAAGAGUGUAGUUGUGUCGACAACGCUUUCAACGUCUCGUUUAGAGACUUUUGUGAGACUCCGUGGAGUGACAAUAGGUUAUUUGACCCAAUGAUUAAGUCAACCAAAUUCAGAAUAUUCCAUCGAGCGGAAGUCAGUCCACGACGAAUUAAAGUUGUUCCUAUGCUCAAAAAAUACAAUGGUGGGUUUAUAAGCAAUCGAGUGACUGUACUCCGAUAUGUGAAAUAUCUCCCUGUUGUGUAA